CAUGAACAAGUAAAAUACACUUACUAAAAAGUAACUAUCGUAACUCUGUUAUUACUUUUUAACCCUUUCAUAGCUUCAUGAGUUGUUCCGAAAUCCAAAUAACAUGACCAAUUUAUAGACCGCUCACGUUGUAUUAUUUAUGCAUGGUUCGAAAAUUAGAAUUUACUUCCCGAACUGAGGAGUUCAGGACUUUUAGCGAUAUAAUAAAAAUGUUGUGAACGGGAGUACUCUCAGGCCACUGGGGGUCCAUUCUGUCAUCACUUGGGUCACUCCCAUAUGUUUGCCCAUGGUUGGAACUGGAAGGUUACUGAAAUUUAACUCAAAUAAAAUAAAAAGCCACGUCAUUCUAUAAUUUUUGUUAAUGUGCAUUUCAGGUUUUGUUUACCUUUGAAUCCACUGAGCUCUAAAAGAAAAAAAUCUGUAUAUAAGUUACCUUGUUAGUUAUGUUGCAACCUCUCCUGUAAAGUACUGCUGAUAGAAUGCAGAAAUUCAACUAAAAUGAGGAUUAUGUAACGUUAAUCUUCCUAGGCUGAAUCAGGGAAACCAGGACCUCCACAAAGGGAAGAAAUCUGACCAUAAUUUCGUGAAUUACGACAGACGGACAUCUAUCAAGCUCACAGUAAAGUAUUAAGUGUUAAACUCAUAUAGAAUGCAUUUUACACUACAUGUGACCAUCUUGGAGUUAAAUUAACACAGUCUAUUUUAUUGUGCACAGGAAUAUGCUUUCAGAGGGAAUUCGAUAUGUUGCAUUUUAAAGUCCCUUUAUGGAUGGCAUUGCUCCGGUUCUGUGGCCUCGCCUAUUCCUGUGGAAGUGCAGAAUAUGAAAUUAAUGGAGAGUGCUGUCUAAUGUGCACACCUGGGACACACGUUAAUAAACACUGCACAGAAUACACUAAUACCUCCUGUAUACCGUGCGCUCAAAAAACAUUCAUGGACAGGCCCAGCAGUCUCCCCGAAUGUUUGCCUUGCAGUGUGUGUGACCCAGCCAUGGGUUUAAAAACAGAGAGAGAGUGCACCCCCACCUCUAACACAGCGUGUGGGCCUCUGGAUCACCACUACUGCACUAAGACUGAUAAUAAGGGGUGCAGCUUUGCGCAGAAACACACCAUCUGCAGGCCUGGACAGUUCAUCCUACACAAAGGAACAACAUUGACUAAUACCGAAUGUGGAUACUGUCCUGAUAAAACUUUUUCAAAUAAAUCCUUUUCUGCGUACUGCAAACCACACACACAUUGCCAGUCCCUGGGACUUCAAGAAAUUACAGCAGGAACAAACACAUCGGACAGUGAAUGUGGACCAAUAAAUAUUCCUGUUUCCAUCAUUGUGCCUGUGCUACUUGUAUCAGUUGUCAUUUUAACAAUCAUUUUCAUUUUAAAGAGGAAAAAGAAGAACAGGGCAACAGAUCAGGCAGAAAGAAAAAGAAUGAACAGGACAGACCAGCUGGAGGUUGAAGUGGCCGGAGUCCACGGGAAUCACGCAGCAGAUGGUGGUGCUGGUCCUCCCCCUGGUGGACAGCAUGACAAUGGGACCCCAAAGCCGAAAGAUAGGGUUCAGUCUGACUACAGCACACGGUCUAAUGCACUCGUGUGUUGUUGGAGACCAUUUAUUAUGGGAACCUUCAAUGCAAACACAGUGAGAGAAGAAGUGAGGUUGGCGGAGCUUGCACACUGUGCCGAAGAAAGGGGAGUGGAGAUCCUGGGAGUCCAGGAGCACAGGAGAGUACGUGCUGAUGAUCCGAUCGUCAACUCGUCAGAGCAAGACCUUAAAGUGAGGAAGGCGCUCACAUGGAAAGCUCUGAACGGCAUGGAAAGUGUGUGGAAAUCCACACACUUGGUAAUAUUUUGAAGAAUGAACAUAUUACCAUCAAGGAUCUGUAUGGGGGGUUACCAAGGGUGAGUGAGAAAAUAGCAUCCAGGAGAAUGAGUCUGGCCGGUCACUGCCAGAGACACCGGGAGCUCCCAGCCAGCAAACUGGUGCUGUGGGAGCCAAAACACGGGCAUUGAUCACGAGGGCAUCCCACAACAACGUACGUGGACGUACUAAAGGAAGAUGCAGGGCCGGAAAGUCAGCCAGAUGCAUGGAGGAUCGAGAUGACUGGAAACGCCGCUGGAGGGCUUGUCUGAGGACGACCUAGAUAGAUAUACAAGCGAUAUGAGUGGUUAGCAUAUUAAAGAAUUAAACAAGAAAAUCAAAAAGGAACAGUAAUGCAAUGUUACAUCUUAUGUUGUUACACAAUGUGAAAUAAUGAACAGGGGAGAACAGCUGCACGAUGAAGGUAAGGGUAUGCAUGACUCCAUAGGGAGAUAACAAGGACUGAUAAAAAAAUAAUAUUAGAUGGGCUGUGUGCAGUUAGGCUACUGUGUGCAUGGACUUGUUCUUACAUGUUAAAACCAUUUUGAUUGUUUUCUUAAUAUAUGUACAUUUUAAUGAGGGGUGGAGUUUCAGUUAAUGUAUUUUUUCACCAAUGAAAUACCACAGUGAAGAUCCAUCCGUCAAUUAUCUAAUGCGAUUAUUGCUAUCUGGGGGUACUAGGGUGGGGGAUUAUGAGUGAUUGUUUGAAAGGUCAGGACAUCACGUGACAAUUUCUACUCAUCCUACCAACUUGGUGUUGCGCUACAAAACAGGAAGCUGACCAUGCUCUGAAAGGGGAGGGAAAAUGAGAUAGACAGUGAGCUUCUGAAUACACAGGGCAGAGCUGUGGUUCAAAGUCCUGACCCUUGGCUACACUGCAGUCGACAGGACAGCCCCCACCCAAUUACAGGACAUGAUUCAGUCCUACACGCCAGCUCGACCACUCCACUCUGCUGCAGCAGCGUGACUUCGACCCCCUGCCAUCCGAGUGAAUGAUUCUCGCUCGUCCCUACCAUGGAGUUUCUCCACCCUAGCCCCCCAGUGUGGGAAUGAACUCCCUGUUUCUCUACGGACCACUCAGACAUUACCCAUCUUCCGCCGUGGUCUGAAGACGUAUCUCUUCAGACUAAACCUGGACUAACUAUCCCCACCCUGGAGGGCACUACCAAUCUAGGAGCACUCAUCACUUAUAUCCUUCCACUUUGUUCCUGUAGCACUUUCAUAUUACAUGUACCUCCAUCCUGCACUUAUACUGCACUUGUAUCCUUAUCUUGAUAUUGAAUAUUGUACCUUAUCGGACCUGUGUUUAGUAGUUGUUCCUAUGACCUUCGGUAUGUACUUAUUGUACGUCGUUUUGGAUAAAUGUAAUGUGAUGUGAAUUCCACCAAAA